AUGUCAAGUAAUGUUGCUGAAAGUUCGACAAGUUUUUCAAAGUCGCCGAAUAAGCCAAACAGGCUUGCGAACGAGAAAAGUCCCUAUCUAUUGCAACAUGCAAAUAAUCCCGUCGAUUGGUAUCCAUGGGGAGAAGAGGCAUUUCAAAAAGCUCGAAAAGAAAAUAAAUUGAUAUUUUUAAGCGCUCAUGAAUCCUUUGAAAAUGCGAACAUUGCAAAAAUUAUGAAUGAAAAUUUUGUCAAUGUUAAGGUCGACAGAGAAGUUCAACCUGAUGUGGAUCGCAUGUAUAUGCUCUUUGUUCAAUAUACGUCUGGUGGUGGUGGAUGGCCCAUGUCUGUGUUUUUGACUCCCGAGUUGUAUCCUAUAUUCGGUGGGACUUACUUUCCUCCGAAUGAUCAAUACGGAAGACCUGGGUUUCCAUCUUUGUGCAAACACAUCGUUGAACUGUGGAAGGAGCAACCAGAAAAAUUAAAAAAUGCUGGAUCAGAAGCAAUCAAAAAGCUUCAAAAGUUUGCAUUGGAUGAAGGCCGCGGAGAUGCUUCAGAAUUUAAUAUAAAAAUAGCGCAGGAGUUAUACAAAUAUUUUAGUGACUCGUUUGAUGAUAAGGAAGGAGGAUUUGAUGGAGGAAGCGAGCCAAAAUUUCCAACUCCUGUCCAAUUUCACUUUUUACUUCGUCAUUACUACUAUACUCUCUCUGACCUUGGAAAGGUGGAGGAGAGACUUGCAACUAUGUCAAUUCAUGAAAUCCGUAGUCGUGGUGAGAAAUUGGGAAUCGACUUUAAUGAUUGCAAUGAUGAGACCCAAUUUUUAAAGAAAUUGCAAGCUGUGAUUACCAACCGCAAAAAGGUCGCUGAACACGGAUUGGAGAUGGUCACGUUCACUUUAAAGAAAAUCGCUAUGGGUGGCAUUCAUGACCAUGUUGGAAAUGGAUUUCAUCGAUACUCCACUGAUAAAUAUUGGCACGUCCCUCAUUUUGAGAAAAUG